GUCUUAUGCAUAUGAGUGUGUGUGUGUGUGUGUGUGUGUGUGUGUGUGUGUGUGUGUGUGUGUGUGUGUGUGUGUGUGUGUGCACGUUUGUGUACCUAACAAAGAGAUAUAUCACCUUAUAACUGACAACAAAGGAGGGAGACACUAACAAAAAAUCCAGACCAAGACAGAAAAGGAUGGCAGCGUGGGACCUUGCAGUCAACGUGGAGGAUCUUGGUCCUGAUGCCCCACCCCUCAAAAUCAGCGUGACAUCUGACCUCCACAUUGGUGGAGUUAUUCUCAAACUAGUUGAGCAGACCAAGCUGCAGAAGGACUGGUCUGAUCAUGGUCUGUGGUGGGAGCAGAAACAGCAGUGGUUGCUCCGGGCAGCCUGGACACUGGACAAGUGUGGGGUCCAUGCAGAUGCCCGGCUCAUCUUCACCCCACAGCACAAGCCUCUGCGACUGGGCUUGCCGAAUGGGGCAACACUCAUAAUGCGAGUCUGUUUCUCCAGUCCUGUGUUUCGCACCGUCAUGGGCAUUUGCAGGGUUCUUAAUAUUCGUCGACCGGAGGAGCUCUCUUUGCUUCGUCCUGUUGAGGAGAAAAAGAAAAAGAAAGACAAAGAUCCCUCAGAAGAGCUGUAUGAUCUCACAGAUGUGCCUUUAACUGCAGGAUCUGUUCAAGCUCUUUACAAUGGCAUGCCGGCUCAUUUUGCUGAUUCUCCUAAGACUGAGGCUGUGUAUAAAAUGCUGUCUGUCAGCCUUCCCUCCCCUGCUCCUGAAAACAUUGCCAAACUUUACCGGCCGGCCAGUGUGGUGGACAAAACACACAUCCACACCAGGUGGUUGGAUUCAUCUUGUUCACUGAUGCAGCAGGGCAUACACGAGAAUGACAGACUGUGGCUUCGUUUCAAGUACUACACUUUCCAUGAUAUGGAUCCAAAGUAUGAUGCAGUGCGAUUGACACAGUUAUAUGAGCAAGCUCGCUGGGCUAUUAUCUUGGAGGAUAUAGACUGCACAGAGGAGGAAAUGCUGCUUUUUGGAGCCCUGCAGUACCACGUAGGACAACUGUCCUUGUCUCAGGACAUGUUCUCUUCCCGUCAGGGGAUGGAUGAUUUAGAGUCUGCCCUAAAAUCUCUAGAGGUCAAGAUGGUGGGAGAGAGCAACAGCACAGACUUGCUGGAAAACAUGACUGCUCCAGAGCUGAAUGACUAUUUGAAAAUAUUUCGGCCUAGGAAACUGACUUUAAAGGGUUACAAGCAAUACUGGUGCAACUUUCAGGACACAUCAAUUUCCUAUUAUAAGAGUAAAGAAGAACGAUAUGGAGAGCCCAUACAACAACUCAACCUGAAAGGCUGUGAGGUGGCCCCUGAUGUAAAUAUAGCUGGCCAGAAGUUCUGUAUCAAACUACUAAUUCCUGCACCAGAAGGCAUGAAUGAAAUCUACCUAUGAUGUAAAAAUGAGAAGCAAUACUCUCAGUGGAUGGCAGCCUGUAAACUGGCCUCCAAAGGUGUGACGCUGUUGGACAGCUCAUAUCAAAGUGAAGUGGAGAACAUCCAGACCUUCCUCUCCAUGCAGCGGUCCAACGCAUCAGCUCCAGCCUCACAAACAGAUGACAGUAUCAACCCACACAGCCUUGUCUCGCCAAGAUACCAUAAGAAAUAUAAGCCCAAACAGUUAACCCCUCGUAUCCUGGAGGCUUAUCAGAAUGUUGCCCAGCUCUCCUUGACAUCUGCCAUCUUAAAGUUUCUGCAGAUCUGGCAAGCUCUUCCUGACUUCGGAAUUUCCUACUUCAUGGUCAGGUUCAAAGGAAGUCGUAAGGAUGAAGUUCUGGGCAUCGCUAACAACCGUUUGAUCCGUAUAGAUCUUGGAGUCGGAGAUGUGGUAAAGACAUGGCGCUACAAUAACAUGAGACAGUGGAAUGUUAAUUGGGACAUACGACAGGUGGCGAUUGAAUUCGAUGGGAAUAUUAAUAUUGCAUUCGGCUGUGUGAAUGCUGACUGUAAGGUUGUGCAUGAGUACAUUGGAGGAUAUAUCUUCAUGUCCACGCGCUCUCAAGUACAAAGCAACACGCUGAACGAAGAGCUGUUCCACAAACUCACCGGCGGCCAUGGGGCUCUCUGAGCACAUAGGCUCGACUUACAGAAAAAACAUGACUGAAGCUAUGGAGGAAACUGAUAAGAAUACAGUCUUAGAACUGCACAGCAACUGUACACUUUGUUUAACUUGUUUUAAACUAUGAGUAAUCAUGCAUUUAGUGAUUAAUCUAAAAUCUGUUGCUUAACUGUCUCACACCUUGUAAACAACAAAUGUCACUAGUGUUAGCAAACUAAAUUCACAUUUGCUGAGUAUAAAUCUCAUCAAACCAUAUAUAUGACUUAGAUCUGCCUAACAGGAAAAAAAUUACUAAAUGAACAGUUCACAGUUGUAAAUGUAAUGAAUUUUUGUCAUAAAAAUGUCAUUGCACUUGUCAUCAUAAAUAUGUCUGCCAUAUCAUUUGAGUAACAGUUCAGGAAACCACUGCUUAUCAUUGGCCGACCAGGUCUAUUGGCCAGCAGUCUCCAAAACACAAUUUCUUAUUUCUGUUACUGUAACUAGACCAUAAUCUGCCAGUGUUAUUUUCAUAGUCAUGAUGGGUGGGACAGCUUUGUAAUGACUCACUGAGUUAACAAAGUGUCAUCUCUGCAGUUUUGUCUGUUUGUCUAGUUUUACCAAGUUUUCUAAAGACUAUCUCUACCAGUUUCAUUUCAUUAUUUUGUGUCAAUGUUGAGUUCCACAGGCUUGCUGGUUGUCCAACAGUCCACUCAAGACAAGUGAUAAAGCUGUACACAAAAUGUUCUCUACCAGCUAUUACAAUUUCACAAGAAAGAAAGAAAGAAAGAAAGAAAGCUCAAUAUUCUACUGAAAAUAUGUGAAUGUUUCAAAGGACCGCAUUUCUACUAUUUAUUUAUUUAUUUAAUUGUUUUGUAGAUGAGGUUGUUUCCAGGCACUUUUUUAAGAUAAGGGCUUUUGUUUAUCAGUAUAUACAGCCAAGUUUUGAUGGAAGUGUAUUUCAAUUAACCAUUCAAUUCAAAUAAAAUAGCAUCAUGUUUUAUAUAUCGCCCUAAUACUGCCUUUUCAUAUAAUGUCAAAAUAGACUUAAAGCAGAAACACUGUGUGAAAUAUGUUUAACUUCCUCAAACAAAGGUUUCUAAAACAACACCUAACACUUCUAGUUCUGUGAGGGUCCACUAACCCUGAAACGGACUUUGGUUUUGCCAGAGAUUAUUUCGCAGAGACGGGCCACUUCUAUUAAAAUGAAUGGGAGAAAUUGGAACGGUCAACAGAUGUAGAAAGGAAGUCUCGCCUUACAG